AGCGAGAACUAUGGAUGAGAUCCAACGGACUGAACGGCGGCCCCCACAGACCCGAGGAGAAAAGGUCCACCAUAUCCAGGUACUGGACCAUCGACCGGACCAUCAGCAAGUCGGGUUCAGCCGCCAAGGGCACGUACCAGCACAUACGCCGCUCGUGCCGCGAGCGGGGCCUGCUGUUCGAGGACCCUGACUUCCCGGCCUCCGGUCAGGCGCUGGGCAAGAAGCCACCGCCGCACGGUGUCGUCUGGCUCCGACCGCACGAGAUCGUCGACCGUCCCCGCUUCAUCUCGGACAGCAGCGGUCGGUUUGACGUGGAGCGGGGCGAGCUGGGAGACAUCUGGCUGCUGCAGGCCGUCUCCACGCUGACCUUGACCCCGCGCUUCCUGGACCGGGUCGUGCCGCCGGACCAGUCGUUCGAGCAAGAUUACUGCGGCCUGUUCAGGUUCCGGUUCUGGCACUUCGGCGAGUGGGUGGAGGUGAUGGUGGAUGACCGCCUGCCGACCCACCGCGGCCGCCUGCUGUACGCGCACUCCUCCGACCCGGCCGAGUUCUGGUCCGCCUUGCUCGAGAAGGCCUAUGCCAAGUUCUACGGCUCGUACGAGAGCCUGCACCAGAACUCGACGACGCUGGCCCUGCAAGAUCUGACGGGAGGCAUCGUGCAGAGCUUCAGCCUGCAGCAGCAGGAGACGUACGUCAUCUACCAGGUGCUCAACAGCGCCGUCCCCCGCUCCAGCCUCAUCGUGGCCAGCAUACACAUCGAGCGGGACACGAAGCGGCACCUGCGGCUGCGGAACGGCCUGGUGACCCAGCACGCCUACAGCGUGACCGGCCUGGCGCGGGUCAGAAGCAAGCUGGGGGAGACGCCGCUGGUCAGAUUGCGGAACCCCUGGGGCAAGGGCGAGUGGAACGGGCCCUGGAGCGAGCGGAGCUGGGAGUGGGACAGUCUCAGUGACCGGGACAAGGACCUGCUCAGCGUUCGGGUCGCCAACGAUGGGGAGUUCUGGAUGUCGUUCGAUGACUUCGCCCGCGUGUUCACGCACCUGGACCUGGUGCACAUCGGGCCGGACGACUGGAUGAACGAGAGCUGUCUGCACAGCAAGAAGCCAUGGCGGGCGGUGCUGGCGCGCCGACGCUGGCGGACCGGGCACAACGCCGGCGGCGGCCCCAGCUGUGAGACGGCGGCGCAGAACCCGCAGUUCCACAUCCAGAUCCCGCGCAGUUCGGCCAACAAGUGUCACGUGGUGGUGUCACUGACACAGGAGUACGACACGCUGCCGCCGGACGACGUCAAGAAGAAGCGGCGUCAGCUGGCGGCUAUCGGCUUCUCCGUGUACGGAGUGCCCCACACCUGUCACCGGCUCACCAAGGAGAUCAUGAUCACGAACAAGCCGCUGGACGUGACGGCCUACACGUGCACCCGCGAGACGGCCACCUUCUUCACCCUGCCGCCCGGCGACUACAUCGUGGUGCCGCAGACGGCGCAGCCCAACAGGGACGCCAAGUUCCUCUUCAGAGUCCUGACCGACGAGCAGAGCAACAUCUGGGAGGUGAACGAGGACAACAUGGUGUUCCGGCCCGUCUCCUCGGAUACCAUCGAGGACAGCAUACGAUAUCCCGACUCGCGUCUGAUCCUGGCCAAGCUGGUCGCCAAGUAUCCUCCGGACGUGGACUCGGUGAUCCUGCUGAAGAUUCUAAAGACGCACUGGAAGGGAGGUAGACAAACGUUUCACUCCGACAAGCCGAGCCUGGAGUUGUGCAAGUCGCUGAUCAUGCUGCGCGACUACAGCAUCUCGGGCCGUAUCAGCCUGUUCGAGAUCCCAGCCAUCCUGCUCACGCUCCACUACUGGAGGCUGGCGUUCUUGAAGUACGACAGGAGCCACUCUAACAAGACGUCCAGCUACAACAUGCGACCCAUCCUGUACGAGGCGGGGGUCACCGUGUCAAACAAGGUUCUGGAGUGCCUGAUCCUGAGGUUCACCAAGAGCUGCGUGCUGACGGUGGAGAGCUUCCUCAUCGCCAUGGUGCGGCUGCAUUUAGCGCACGAACGCUACCACAGCAUCGACACCAAGAUGAAGACCAACCCCAUCUCGCUAGAGGAGAUGAUCCUGAUGACCAUCUACUCCUGAUACGGAGCAUGGCAUCAGCAGUAGUCCAUUGGAAAGUCGUGCCUCACGCCGCGUGACUGCACGGUCGGGCCUCACGCCGCGUGACGCCUCCCGCACUGCCGUGCUUUCAGCGCGCAUGCGUGAGUUCUCACGGGUGACUGUCGGAGAUCAUCUUCAGGACGGGUCUACUCAGACCAUCUUAAGGACGGGUCUGCCCAGACCAGCGUCAGGACGGGUCUGCUCAGGCCGGUGUGACAGGCCCCCGCCCACCUCUGAAACGAAGAAGGGGGCUCGUGGGAGGUGUGUGCCCCCGCAGACACGCGGCACGUGCCCUGUACUGGUCUGCACGUGCGUGGACAGGGGGCCGGGGCGCGGCG